AUGUCAGAACCACUCACCAAGGUCGACUCCGCCGUCCAGGGCUUGUCUUCAUCGCCGCCCAAGGAGAAGGGCCAUAGAAGGGCCAGCUCCAGCGCUGCUGGCGUGAUGAACAUCAAUGAUCUUGAGGCCCAGGGCAUUGAACUAAAGCUUGAACCGGACACACAGAAGACCGGAUGGAAGAUCAACACAUCCCCGAGCUCAAUAGAGGAGCCAGCAAUGCUCAAAAAACUGCUGACCACACCCCCCGUCAAGAAGAUUGACUUGCGAUUCCCGCUAGGAAUGGAGGUGACCGCAAGGAACCUCAAGGGGGUAACAAUCAAGGAUGCCAUGGAUGCCAUCUACAAGGCAUACAAGAAGAAGGCCGACGAUGAACUAGACCAGCCAUACUUGUUGGGCUUUGAGUGGGACAAGGAGGAUUCGUGGACGCGACUUAUUGUGCACCUCGCCAAGAACCCAACCACCUCGUCUUCUGGUGGCGGCGGCAAGAAGAAGAAGAAGAACCAGGAGUAA